AUGAAUACCUUGCCAAAGGCUACCAGGGUGCUUCCACCUCCAAAAUCCGUUUCGGGCAAUGAAGAUGGCCUCCCUCAUCUCCUGAUUAAAAUGUGGCCCUCAUUCAAGCCGCCAUGGGUACCUGAUGAAAUCCUGAUCCCAUCAGGUUCUACGACUUCAUCAUCCAGACCUUCUUUUGAACCUGAUGCAGUGAAAAGCGCUGCUGAACUUGUCAAAUUGUACCAUCAAGUGUGGCAAGAGCAUGUGUCGCCACUUUCAUCUCACUCCACUAGGAGUCAUACAGAGGGACCAGAGAACACAUCAUUGUACCGCCAAGUGUGGCAAGAGCAUGUGUCACCUCUCUCCUCUCAUCCCAUGUCAAGUAAUGAUACAUCGCAGGGGCUUCAUAGCUACAUUGAUGACAUUGAAGACAUCGGGGAUGAUAAUGACACAAGUAGUGUAUUGCCCAUGUCAUCUUCGUCAUCACUGGAUCACCAUCUAUUCUCUGAUAUUGAUUCUAUUGAGUUGCCAAGGUAUAAGGUUAGGACUCCAGCAGGGAACCAUUGCUGGAAUGGAACAAGACCCCGCCAUGAUGGAAUUUGA